ACAACUGAAGAAAAAUGGUUAGCCAACAGGAAUUCGAGAAAGCCGCCGAAGAUGUCAAGAACUUGAAAACAUCUCCAGCCGAUAACGAUUUAUUGGAAUUGUACAGUCUAUAUAAACAGGCCACAGUUGGUGACUGCAAUACAGACAAACCCGGCUUUUUGGACUUCAAAGGCAAAGCCAAAUGGGAAGCCUGGAACAACCGCAAGGGAACAUCCAAGGAUGAUGCCAUGAACGCCUAUGUUGAAAAGGUCAAGGCCCUCAUCGAAUCAAUUGGCCUUAAAGCCUAAA